AUUCUAAAUGAAAGAAACCAACUUGGAUUGUCUAAUCAAUUCAAUGAUCAAUUUAGUUCUUACAAUAUUAAUUUUGAAAUCCAAACUCGAAACCCGAAAAAGUUGAAGUACCCACUCCGGUUCCAAGUAUUUUCAAUUUUCAAAUUUGUCCACCGCUUUACUUUUAAAGACUUAUUCUAGUUUUUAGAUUAUAAAGAUUAGAUCUAUCUGUUUAUCUCCUUCCUCGCUCUCUUCUCAGACAAAAUACAACCAGUUUCUCUCAAUCUCUCUCGCAAUGCCGGCAACUGAUGCAGAAUUGGAUCUCCCUCAGCCUUCUCAGUCCGCCUUCUCUAUCGGAGAGUAUACAUUUGCGGAUGCUGGGAACUUGGACCACUGUACAAAGUACUUGAACCAGACGCUCGUUACCUUUGGCUUUCCUGCUUCUCUCGAUCUCUUUGCCAAUGAUCCGGUUUCGGUCGCGAGGACCUGCAAUUGCAUAUAUUCAUUGCUGCAGCAGCGGCAGCGCGACAUUGAAUUUAGAGAGUCUGCUAAUGAGCAAAGACAACGAUUAUUAUCAGAUAUCUCAAGAUUAGAGGCAAAAGUUGAGAGGCUUGAUGCACAGUUGCAAGCUAAAGAUAGAGAGAUAGCAACAAUUACUAGAACGGAAGCCAAAAAUACUGCAGCUUUUAAGGCACAGAUUGAGAAGCUACAGCAAGAACGAGAUGAAUUUCAGAGGAUGGUGAUUGGUAAUCAGCAAGUGAGAACUCAACAGAUACAUGAAAUGAAAAAGAAGGAAAAGGAGUACAUAAAGUUGCAGGAGAGGCUGAACCAAGUCUUAAUGGAAAAGAAGAAGGAAUCAAGAUCAGGAAUGGAAAUAAUGAAUUUGCUUCAGAAAGAAGGGCGGCAACGUGGGACCUGGAAUGGGAAGAAAGCAGACAAUGAUUUCUAUAAAAAGAUUGUGGAUGCUUAUGAGGCAAAAAAUCAAGAACUGAAAGCAGAAAAUGCUGAUUUAAGAGCAUUACUGCGCUCAAUGCAGGUAGAUAUGCGUGAUUUCUUUAAUGCUCCUAAUGGGUUGCCAAAGCAAUCUUUGCCUGUUAGUGAAAGACAUGAAAAUGAUCCAUCACAAUCGCCAUUUGGUGGGAGGACGGAUGUCUUUGAUCUUCCUUUUCACAUGGCUAGGGAUCAAAUAGAAGAAAGUCUUCGCACUAAGAUGGCUUCUGUAAAAGAGCGGAUGGUUCAAUUACAGGAUGCGCAAAAAGGUGCUGAAGUCACUUCUGAAGCAACAGAGAGGGAGCUUGAGCUUGAAGCUCAACUUGUUGAAGCAAGGAGCAUAAUCCAGGAGCAGGUAGCCAAGUUUGCCAAUCAGAAAACACAUUCGGCAUCCAUCAUGUCCAAACAUCUUGCCACGGCAGACAGACCAAGGGAAUCUAUUAUUCCAUCGCCAGCUGAGGGGGUAUAACAUAAGCCUAAGGUCCAUGUCUGCAAUUUCGGAUUAAGAUCAACUGAAGUUGGUUAUUGUGAAAAGGUGUGCAGCAGUAAGCUAGCUAGUAAAUUGUGGAGUCCAAUAUGGUAUUCAGAUUGUAGUAACUAAAUUAAGGAUCUAUUCUGAAGCUGUAGUGUAAAAGUAAUUAGUUUUUAGGAAUCUUCGGUUGUAUUUGUAAAUUAUAUGCCCACUGAGAUUUCUUUAUCCAUUUGUAUCCCAUUCUUGUUUUAAGUAAAAGAACACGCCUCUUGUGUA